UCUUUCCCAAUCUCUUCCAUUAUCUUCACAAACCUCCUUCUCUUCCUCUUGUUCUCAUCUCUAAACUUUGUUGAUGAUAUAUAGUGCCAAUAUGUGCACAAACAAGAAGAUGAAGCCACCUCAUUGUGUUGAAGAAGAUGAAGAAAGAAACACAAGUGAUGGUGAGGAACCAAAGUUGCAAAAUGGAUCCAUUCUUUGGCCAUGCAUAGGAGAGGUUGUUGAGGAGCUCACAUCUUUAGCACAGAUUGUAUGGCCAAUAAUUGUCACAAGUUUCCUACUUUACUCAAAGUCAGUAAUUUCUAUGAUUUUUUUAGGCAGACUCGGCGAAGCAGAGCUCGCCGGAGGCUCGCUUUCGAUCGCCUUUGCGAACAUCACCGGUUACUCCGUGCUUAAAGGUUUAGCCAUGGGCAUGGAGCCAAUCUGCGGUCAGGCUUACGGCGCGAAACGCUGGGCCAUCCUUAGCCUAACCUUUCAGAAAACAUUGCUGCUGCUUCUUCUUGCUGCAAUUCCCAUUACUUUUCUUUGGCUAUACAUGGAGCCAAUUCUGGUGCAUUUAGGCCAGGAUUCAUAUAUCACUUCAAUUGCCAAAAACUACAUUGUUUUCUCCUUGCCUGACCUGUUUGCACAAGCACUGUUACAUCCAUUAAGGAUCUUUCUCAGAACACAGAGCCUUACAGGGCCUCUGACUCUUGCUGCAACGUUUGCGCUCCUGCUUCAUGUGCCGAUUAAUUACGUUCUCAUCAGUUACUUGGGGUAUGGAAUCAAAGGAGUGGCUUUAGCUUCAGGUUUGAACACUAUGAUCAUCAAUGUUGGUCUGGUUUUGUAUCUAAUGUACUCGAGCAAAGCUCUGAAGCCGUGGUCGGGUUUAUCGCUUGAGUGUUUAAAGGGAUGGAGCAGGCUUGUGGCGCUUGCUGCGCCGAGUGCUGCUUCAGUGUGCUUGGAGUGGUGGUGGUAUGAAGUCAUGCUUAUUCUUUGUGGUUUGCUGGGGGAUCCGCAAGCCAGUGUCGCGGCAAUGGGGGUUCUGAUACAGACAACCGGGUUGAUCUAUGUGCUGCCAUCGUCGCUCAGCAUUGGGAUUUCUAUACGGGUUAGUCAUGAGCUUGGUGCGCACCGGCCGGGCAGAGCACAGCAAGCGACACGUGUUGGUGUGGCGCUUGCUGUUGCGUUUGGGAUCUCUGCUUUUGUGUUUGCUGGUAGUGUGAGGGGAGUGUGGGGAAAGAUGUUUACCGGAGACUUGGAGAUACUGAGGUUGACGGAGAUGGCAUUGCCGAUAGUUGGGUUGUGCGAGCUUGGGAACUGCCCACAGACGGCCGGGUGCGGUGUGCUGAGAGGCAGUGCAAGACCGACAGUAGGUGCAAAUAUAAAUUUUGGGUCGUUUUACCUAAUAGGAUUGCCCGUGGCCGCGAUGGCAGGGUUCAGGUUCAGGCUGGGAUUCCUCGGCCUGUGGCUUGGGCUGGUGGCAGCACAGGCAUCAUGCGCUUGCUUCAUGCUGUACACUGUCUGGCGCACUGACUGGAAAGCCCAGGUGGAGAGGGCGAAGGAGCUGACUGGAGAUGAGACCGGAGAGAAGGGUGAUCUUGAAGCCGGUCUCCUCGUCAGUUGACAAGAUCCUGAGAACAAAACAAUGAUCUGCAGCAAACAAGCAGCUAGUUUAACUGGUGAGAAUACAGC